CGAGGGGGCGCCCCCCGCCAAGCCUGCCCGAGAUGGGGACCCUCAGGCCCAGGCGUUCUGGUCACCAUGACAACAGAGACAGGCCCUGAUUCUGAGGUGAAGAAGGCUCAGGAGGAGGCUCCGCAGCAGCCUGAGGCCGCUGCCACCGCGACCACCCCUGUGACUCCCGCAGGCCACAGCCACCCUGAGGCCAACUCCAAUGAGAAGCAUCUGCCCCAGCAGGACACUCGGCCUGCUGAACAGAGCCUAGACAUGGAGGAGAAGGACUACGGUGAGGCCGAUGGCCUGUCAGAGAGGACCACGCCCAGCAAGGCCCAGAAAUCGCCCCAGAAGAUUGCCAAGAAAUACAAGAGUGCUGUCUGCCGAGUUACUCUGCUCGAUGCCUCAGAGUAUGAGUGUGAGGUGGAGAAACAUGGCCGAGGCCAGGUGCUGUUUGACCUGGUCUGUGAACACCUCAACCUCCUGGAGAAGGACUACUUUGGCCUGACCUUCUGUGAUGCCGACAGCCAGAAGAAUUGGCUGGACCCCUCCAAGGAAAUCAAGAAGCAGAUCCGGAGCAGCCCCUGGAAUUUUGCCUUCACAGUCAAGUUCUACCCUCCUGACCCUGCUCAGCUGACCGAAGACAUUACAAGAUACUACCUGUGCCUGCAGCUGCGGGCGGACAUCAUCACAGGCCGGCUGCCCUGCUCCUUCGUCACGCAUGCCCUGCUGGGCUCCUACGCCGUGCAGGCUGAGCUGGGCGACUAUGAUGCCGAAGAGCAUGUGGGCAACUAUGUCAGCGAGCUCCGCUUCGCCCCCAACCAGACCCGGGAGCUGGAGGAGAGGAUCAUGGAGCUGCACAAGACGUACAGGGGCAUGACCCCAGGAGAAGCAGAAAUCCACUUCCUAGAGAAUGCCAAGAAGCUUUCCAUGUACGGAGUAGACCUGCACCAUGCCAAGGACUCUGAGGGCAUCGACAUCAUGUUAGGAGUCUGUGCCAAUGGCCUACUCAUCUACCGAGACCGGCUGAGAAUCAACCGCUUCGCCUGGCCCAAGAUUCUCAAGAUCUCCUACAAGAGGAGUAACUUUUAUAUCAAGAUCCGGCCUGGGGAGUAUGAGCAGUUUGAGAGCACGAUUGGCUUUAAACUCCCAAACCACCGGUCAGCCAAGAGACUGUGGAAGGUGUGCAUCGAGCACCACACAUUCUUCCGGCUGGUGUCCCCUGAGCCCCCACCGAAAGGCUUCCUGGUGAUGGGCUCCAAGUUCCGGUAUAGUGGGAGGACCCAGGCACAGACCCGCCAGGCCAGCGCCCUCAUCGACCGACCUGCACCCUUCUUUGAGCGUUCCUCCAGCAAACGGUACACCAUGUCCCGUAGCCUUGAUGGAGCAGAGUUCUCCCGCCCAGCCUCGGUCAGUGAGAACCACGACGCAGGACCUGAUGGUGACAAGCGGGAGGAGGAUGGCGAGUCUGGGGGGCGACGGUCAGAGGCCGAGGAGGGAGAAGUCAGGACCCCCACCAAGAUCAAGGAGCUAAAGCCGGAGCAGGAAACCACGCCGAGACACAAGCAGGAGUUCUUAGACAAGCCAGAGGACGUCUUGCUGAAGCACCAGGCCAGCAUCAACGAGCUCAAGAGGACCCUGAAGGAACCCAACAGCAAACUGAUCCACCGGGAUCGAGAUUGGGAGCGGGAGCGCAGGCUGCCCUCCUCGCCUGCCUCCCCCUCUCCCAAGGGCACCCCUGAGAAAGCCAAUGAGUCCCAGAGGACCCAGGACACCUCUCAGCAGGACUUGGCACCUGAGCCUGGGACGGCCACAGGCUUGGAAGUGUUCACUCAGAAAAGCCUCGCAGCGUCUCCUGAGGGUUCAGAGCAUUGGGUAUUUAUAGAAAGAAAGUACGCUAGGCCAGAAGAACUCAGUCUCCUAAAAGUGACUACCGCGCAGCAGGACGAAAGGGAGGCAGGCCACACAGAUAUCCUUGCUGAUGGCAGACUCUCCAAGGUGGACGUUCUGGUGGACAAGUUCAAAGUUGAAGUGGCCACAGAAGAAAUGGUGGGAGCUGGAAGAGCAGACAGCCAGCCACAAGGAAGAAUGAUCGCGAGCCCUGAAGACUUUGAGUCCAUGUGGGAGGAAGGCCCCUGGGUCAGGGAAGGCCCAGGAGGGGCUUCUCUGGCUGCAGGCUGUACACUGGCAGAAAAGCUCCUUGAGAGCUCCCAGUUCCAGGUGGGCACUGGGGCAACCAUCAGGAAGCGCCAGGUCUCAGGUGGUCAGCAAGAGGGCCAGGCGGAGCUGAGAAAGGAGCUGGAGGAGUUCCAGGCUGGUGGAAGACCCCCUGCCCCGGGGACCAGGCCAGCAGAGGUGGAUGGCCUCUCUCCGAGCUCUGACAAGGGAGGACUGCAGUCGUUUCUGCUGGACCCAGCCCAUGUGGAAGCCAGAGCCGACUCGAGUGAUGAAACCGAUACUUCCUUUGCAGAGAGGAGCUUCUAUUUCAACUAUGGAGAGAAAGAUUCUGAAGACCAAGCCCUCCCUCCACCACUGGAGGAGAGAGAAGAGCAUGUGGAUGCCUCUCCUCAAGAUAAGACCAGGCCAGAGCGCUUGGAGAAGCUCGAAGAGAGCUCUGAGCUAAACUCCUCAGGCCCCCGGGGCUCUGCUACAGUUUCCUGCAGGAACACUGAUGAAGAGGGUGAAGUCCACUCAGCUUCCUCAGAGGAAGGGGCGGGUCCUCCCAGGAACCAUGGAAGACCGGAUGACCUAGAGACCUCUGUUGAGCAGCUCAGUAAGGAAACUUCUCCAGGGCAGAUGUUUGCUGAGGCCUGGGAAGAAGCUGGGUGGGGGGUGGAAGGAGAGUUCACUCACCCAGCAUCCACUGUAGCCACAGAGGAAGAGGCCCCCAAGAGUGGAGAUUUGACAGGAAACGCUGAAAAAAGUCCCCCAGCAGGAUGGAAGAACCACUCACCUCACACAGGAGGGGACGUGAGCCCUGACCUCCCAGCCUGUGCCCUGCCAUGGGCCAUCUCUCCUAACGAUGUCAGGAAGCCAUCUAAACCAGACAGAGGCAACUUCCUGCCCAAAGACAGGGGACCAGUUCACACCCAAAUGGGAGAACCUGCGACGGAGGGCGGCAAGGCCUCAGUGUUUCUUCAGAUGGAGGUGAUCACCCCCCUCCCAGCCUCCCCUGGUCCCUUUCAGGCUCAGGCAGCUCCAGAGGAAGCUUCUCCAAGCCCAGCCCCUCGUGAGUCAGGAGAGCCUUCACAGCUCGGGGAUCCUUUUGGAGAACAGUCCCCUGUGUUUCUCAAACAGGCCCAUCCUCCUAGAAGGAGCCCGGAGCCCAAGGACCAAGUAGGGCUAUUUGUGACCCUGGACAGAGGUGAGCGCAGGGCGCCUCCCAUUGCCAGCAGAAAGCCCAGAGUUGUCCCUGAAGAAGUUGAGGGGGCCAUACCCCUGGGAUUGGUGUUCCCUUCAGGGAAGCAAAAGGAGAUGACCUCUUUCCAGGCUGGGGCGCAAGAGGGCUCCCUGGAAGAUAUUAGCAAGACCUCAGUGGCCAACAAAAUUCGGAUCUUUGAGACCCACGGAGCUGAAACUCGCCGAGUGAGUCAAGGUGAAACAAGGGCUUUUCCAAACGAGUUGUCCUCAGAGGCCUCCACAGGUCAGGUGGAGCAGCAGCGGAAUAAGCUCUUAGACCUGGGCUUCGUCCAACUCCAGCCCCUGGGGGACUUUGCUGGCCCCAAAGCCACACAUUCCUCAGUGAUGCAGCUGGCGACCAGACACUUCAGGGAGGGCAUUCCUGCCACAUCCCCCCAGGAAGGAGGCAUGGAACUCCAGCUCGUGUCCCCCGAUUCAGGCUGCGAAACUACACUGGAGGAAGUUACUGGGGGAACUGGCCACAACAAAUCCGGAGAUGCGGUCAGGGAAGAGAAGCGCGUCACCGGCUUAGCAGCAAACCCCCCUGGAAAGGGAGGGCGCCUGAGAUUCGCCAGCCCCUUGGGCCCUCAGAGAGCAGGGCUGAGGGAGGGCUCGGAGGAGAAAGUCAAACCGCCACGUCCCAAGGCCCCAGAGAGUGACACAGGAGAUGAGGACCAGGACCAGGAGAGGGACGCGGUGUUCCUGAAGGACAACCACCUGGCCAUUGAGCGCAAGUGCUCCAGCAUCACGGUCAGCUCCACAUCCAGCCUGGAGGCUGAGGUCGACUUCACGGUCAUUGGCGACUACCAUGGCAGCGCCUUCGAAGACUUCUCCCGCAGCCUGCCUGAGCUCGACCGAGACAAAAGCGACUCGGAAACCGAGGGCCUGGUGUUCUCCCGGGAUCUCAACAAGGGGGGCCCCAGCCAGGAUGACGAGUCUGGGGGCAUCGAGGACAGCCCGGAUCGAGGGGCCUGCUCCGCCCUGGAUAUGCCCCAGUUUGAGCCUGUGAAAACAGAAACCAUGACUGUCAGCAGCCUCGCCAUCAGGAAGAAGAUCGAGCCGGAGGCUGUACUGCAGACCAGAGUCACCACUGUGGACACUACCCAGGUUGAUGGCACUGCCCCAGUGGGGAAGGAGUUCAUGACAUCUACUCCCUCCAUCACCACAGAGACCAUAUCAACCACCAUGGAGAACAGUCUCAAGUCCGGGAAGGGGGCAGCUGCCAUGAUCCCAGGCCCACAGACGGUGGCCACGGAAAUCCGUUCUCUUUCUCCGAUCAUCGGGAAAGAUGUCCUCACCAGCUCCUACAGCGCCACCGCGGAAACCCUCUCCACCUCCACCACCACCCAUGUUACCAAAACUGUGAAAGGAGGGUUUUCUGAGACGAGGAUCGAGAAGCGAAUCAUCAUUACUGGGGACGAAGAUGUUGAUCAAGACCAGGCCCUGGCUUUGGCCAUCAAGGAGGCCAAACUGCAGCAUCCUGACAUGCUGGUAACCAAAGCUGUCGUAUACAGAGAAACAGACCCAUCCCCAGAGGAGAGGGACAAGAAGCCACAGGAAUCCUGACCUCUGUGAAGAGCUGCUGGCGUUUCUGGUCCAACCCAAGCCAGAGAACCGUUAAGAAGGGGCCUUCAUUCUGAAUUCUCCGACUCAACACCGACGUCCCAGCUGCGACGUACUGUCACUGAUGAGAGACUGGGAAAGGAAAAGCAUAUAUAUAGAGAUAUAUAGAGAUAUAGAUAUAUAUACACGAAACACCACGUCCUUGCACCGCUGCUGGGGCUGGCCGAGCAUUUGGCAGACGGCAACAACCAACAUCUGAACACCUACAUUUCCUUUGCAGACAAAUUGAAGAAUUGGUGGGAUUUUUCAGGAAAAAAAAUUAUAAUGACAAUAAUCCUUUGCUCCCCCCUUCAAAGCCCUGCAGAACAACUAGAGCAAGCCGGACCACAAUGAUUGUAGAAGUACAAUUACGACCCUGGUUCUGCACAUUGCAUUUAGUUGGAUGAGCAAUCCAUUUGUUCUUCUCCAGCGUCUGUUGCCCACUCGAAUGCAAAGGAAAACACUUUUGCAGCAAAGCAAGAGAAGUCGCAGCAGUUAAGACACACACCAUCAACCGUUCCGAGAAAGAAAGAAAAUUCCCCACUUGGAAAGGAGGAGGAGGAACACUGGAUUAUUAUUUUUUGGGUCUUGACACUGGGCUGCAAAAUCCACCUUCCUUUCUUCCGCCUCCCCUCCCCCUCACUCUCACAUGUCUUGUCAUUUUCUGUCUCAGCUCCCUCUUCCCUCUCCCCCACCCCAUGCCCCUCACCCUCUGUGUCCUGGCCCUCCUGAGGGCCACUGCAGAUGACUCUCAUUUGAAACGAGAAAAAGAAAAGAAAACGAGAACAGAAAACCAAGCCACAGGAAGGGAAGUAGACAUUGUAUGUUUAUGGUUCUCAUUAUGAAGGUGCAGCUUGUAGGAGAUUUGUAUGGAUGUGCUUUUAAGUUAUGUAUAUUACAUAUAACAGGAAACAAAUAUUAAAAUAAACAGUGCUGGUAAGUAUGACGCUGACAUUUUAAAAUUAUAAUUAUCUGACUGUGAUUGAUGUAUCCCAAGGUUCCUAGAUCUCACUGAACCAGCCCAGCCAAGGAGACCUGGACUCUGGCUGUGGGUGGCUCACAGUAGGAGCUGAUGGUUCAGUGUAGUAAUACAGUGUGUGGUGUUUGUAAUUGAUUGAUUGGUGGGGAGGGGCGGGGAUCCCAAAUGCAGAGGCAGGGGUUUGGCAAGAAGGAAGCAACACAGAUGUAGUCCAAGAUGCCUUCUCCCCCUGGGCAGUAGCAACCAGGGCCUGGUCUAUGCUCAGGCAUGGGGUCCAGAGUUAGGAUUCUGCUGCAGAAGUCCCCUGGCUCCGUCCCCCUUCCUCCCUAGGGGGUUUGCCUCAUUUUUAGUAGUCUCUUUUUUUGCCACGUUUUGCCUUUCCCUGACUGUAUUGUGACAGCUAACUCCCUAUCCAAAGGGAUGUGACGCCCCUGGCUGCCGCAGAGGAUGGUAGCUUUAACUUGGCUGUCUGAAGAUGCCCAGCUUAGUCUUAUCCUUUACUUCCCAUAUUCUGUCUGAAUCAUUCUCUUCUUCCUGGGCCAAAGUAGCCGUGGUAGAGACCAUGAACACAGGGCAGGCCCUGAUAGGUCAGAACUGUGUUCCCAAAGGCUUUGCCUGCCCCAGAACAAGCUGAGGGUGAAAGGUGGUGUUGCUCACUCUCCAUCUAUGUGUAAGACCCUAGCUUUGGAGACCUCCCCUUCAGUCAGCAUCCGAGCUCUAUGCCUGUGCCCUCGGAGUCCCAGAAAUUGCCUGGAGACCACAGAAGCCCUUGGAGAAGACCCUGGCAAAAGCUUGGCAUUGACCUCUGGCACACAUGGGCUUUCCCAGGCUUUCCUGCCACAAGCUGCUUCCCUGAGCUCGAUGAGUCCUUUUCUAAGGGAGGAUGGCCCCGCUGCACUUCAAUUUCUCAGUCCCAUCUCACUUGCCCAGUCCUGCUUCUAAAGCAGGCCAUAAAUUCAUUCAACAGAUAUUUAUUGGGUACUCACUUGUGGCAGUCACCAUUCUUGGGCUGGAGAGAGGGGGAGGGGAGGGGAGGGACCAGGGAAGCUCCCUGAGCCAGCCUUACAUCUCUUGUCACAACUGGCCCCUCUGAGAGCAUUUCCUUAUUCUCUCCAGUGUAUCGGACAUUGCCCAGGGAUGCCUUCCAGAGGGUCCUGGUUUGCAUAUCAGUUACCCCGUCACAUAUAUGCUUAGCUGCUUAGCUGGCUGACCUGAGGCAGGACAGGAAACCAGAAGAGUGUUUGCCUCUGUGUGCAAAAUGGGAUGGAGAGCGGGCAGAGAGAGCCCUGUGGCACAGUCAGCCACAUCCUCCCUGGAGCAGGCUGGCAGCCCACUCCAACUCCCGCUGAGUGCCACAGCACACUUUCCAUGCACCGGGCUCCUUUUACAGUCCUGGUAGAGAAGCCACAAAACCUUCUUCCUGCCCUUCUUCACUUGAGAGCUCCCAUUCUUUCUGGGCCAAGAGCUGAAGUGGAUCCAACCUCUCUGGCCCCCCCAAAAUUUGUCUCAGGCACCCCUGUCUUUGCAGGAACCAGACAUCCUGAGCACACUGGACACACUUCAGAGAGAGAAUAUUUGUUCUGAGUUCUGCACCUGCCUACAGACCCUGGUUAUGUGGCCUCAGGGCAGGGAUGCAGUGGCCAGGCUUAGCUUGUGGGGCAGGAUUUGUGCAGCUCUCCAUCCCACGGGUGCUCUGACCUUCCUUCCACGGAGAGGCAGGCAGUGCCACCAGGGAGGAGGGGAGCUGCAACUGAAAUCUAGGGCACUGUUUCCUCCCCAUACUCCUCUUCAUAGAGAAUAUAGAUGUUUGUCUUAUCUGUCUUCAACCUACUUUUCCUUUUUACAUUUCUCAUCCUUUCUGUGCCGCCUCUCCACCCAGGAGACCAUGUAGCAUAGUGGAAAAAUUCCUGGAGGGCAGUCAGGAAUUCUGGGUGGCCAUCCUGGCUCAGCCCCUAACACACCAUAUGACAUUAGGCUAGUCCCGUACCCCUUCUGGGCCUCCGUUUCCCCACCUGCAAAAUGAACAGGAUAAACCGGAUGCUCUCCAGGGUCUUUUUUCACUCUGCCAUCCUGCAGAUCUUCGUUUUCUCUCAUUUUGCUUUCUCGGGAUCUUUUCCAUCUGAGGGUACAGGAAGUGCCAGGACCUGUUUCAGUUUUUGAAUCCUGCAAGCACAUUCCAAGACUGGUCUGAAAUUGCAUGAGCAACAUCACUCUAAAUAAUUUUUUUUUCAAAAGCACCUUACCAACCAACUGCGAUGCUGUCCUGUUCCUUUUUACUCACCCCCCUCUCUCCUAUCUGGUCCCCACACUCCCCCACCUCAGUGCUCCGUGCUGUAUGCGUGUGCUCUCUGUUCUUGUAUACUCAAUAAAAGUGAAAUAAAUGUGUUUGAUGCUGAACCACAAA